CGCUAUGAUGGAGGAAAACAAAACCUCCAAAAAUGAUACCGUCGGCCUAUUUUUGCGUGCUAUGGUGGAUCGAGAACCGGGCAAGAGGAAAGUCAAACCGUCGAAAGCCGCGCUGAUUGACUUGGCGGAAUUGGACCUGGGAGAGAGCUCGGACGACAGCGAUUUCAAUGUGGACGAGGCCAAGUUGAACGACGACGAUGACAUUUCGAUCAACAGCGACCCCGAUGCGCCGGACAUUGACGAUGAUGACAAUGAGGAUGUGGAGGAUGAGGAGGAGAGUGAGGAGGAGGUUGAAGCACCUCCGAUCAGCGAGAAGGAUAUGACAGUCACGCAGCUCCUGGAGCAGGCCAAGAAGAAACAGGCUCUUGAACUUGAAAAAGGCAUAGAGCGCCCCAAGAUCUUGGUGUGUGCUGUGUGCCUAGGAGACCACUCAGAUGACCUCAAUGAAAUUGUGACGUGUGACGGCUGCAGUGUGUCAGUGCACGAGGGUUGCUAUGGCAUUAGCGACUCCAUCUCAGUGUCAAGCACAGUGUCAUCCAGCUCAACAGAACCCUGGUUCUGUGAUGCGUGUAAGGCUGGGGUUGACAACCCUCCUUGUGAACUCUGCCCUAAUUUAGGUCAGUGUUCUGCAGGGUACACGAUAUUCAAAGAGACUGAGAUGGGUCGUUGGGUCCAUCUUGUAUGUGCACUUUACAUCCCAGGUGUUGCAUUUAGUGAGGUUGACAAAUUGUCAUUUCCAACACUCUUUGAAAUGCCAUACAGUCGAUGGGGCUCGAAAACUUGUACAUUAUGUGAAGAUGAGAGAUUCUCCAGGACUGGCGUUUGCAUUGGUUGUGAUGCUGGCAUGUGUCGAGCAUACUUCCAUGUCACCUGCGCGCAACGGGAAGGGCUGCUUUCAGAAGUCAACCACGGCGAAGCAGACCAGGCUGAUCCCUACUAUGCACACUGUAAAUUGCACACGGACAGGGAACUGAUAAGGAGACGAAAGCGUAAUUGGCUGGCUCUGCAACUGCACAUGAAGCAAGGUGAAGCAGAUAAGCUUGGUGCUGCACAGGAGACACAAGACAGAAUUCAACGGAAACUUAGUCGUUAUCGGGAUAAAUACCUAUUUAAUAAAAAUAAUCGACCAACACCUUGGUACCCCACUCAGAAAAUGCCCAGAGCACUAUCUACAUCAGCCUCUCUCUUUCGCUCCCUCCUGCACAAGACCGAGCUCAUGGGACUCAGCACAGAAUCUCAGCCAGCACAGUCAGCUAAUGUUGGAGACAUUAGAAAGAAAUGGCACAUCCCACCAGCUUUCAAUGUUGAGUUCAUCAGCUACUACAUCGACCGGACCAAUCGUCUGUCAGAGAUGAAGGAACGGCUCGAUCAACUUCUAACAGAAAACGGACAGUUGAUCCAAGAGGAAAUGGAAUUGCGAGUGAGCUGUAGCCACAUGGAACGUGAGUGUGACAGGAUAAAAUCAGAAAAUGACACCUUACUGAACAAGGCCCUAGAGAUGCAUGACCUCCUCAAAGGGCUAGCUGGGCGCCCCCUGCCACUCCCCCCUGUUGUGGCAGCUCUACACAACCCUCCAAGCCCACCCCUGCCCACCAGGCCUCUCCCUAAGGGCAGCCUGAGGGGUCCCAUCAUGACAAAGGCUGCGGCCAAGAUGAUGAUGACAGAGCAGCCCCCAGCCAGGGCAGGUGAGUGCUGGUCACCAUAUAUGCAAGAUUCCCUGUCAGGAGGCCUCUCGCUUAACCGCUGUCGUGUUUGUCAGCAAACGAAGGAACAACACCUGUUAAUCGAAUGCGAUACAUGCGGGCACUACUACCAUCUCUCCUGUCUCGACCCACCACUCACUCGCAUGCCCAAGAAGACAAAACAGAUGGGAUGGCAAUGCUCCGACUGCUGCAAGUCUUCGGAUUCAGACAAAGCCUCUGAGGUGGAUACAGCUGCUCCCCGGAGGCUGCGCAGAAACAUCAAGGAGCCGGCUAAGUUUUCCCCGUCUAUUGCAUCGGAACCAAAGCUAUGUCUACUCCAGAGUGAGGGAGAAAAGACAGCCAGUGUGGGUUUGCUCCAGACAGGAAGCCAGAGCCAGCCUUUGCCAGACACUCCACCUGCCCAUCUGUAUCACCCUGGGGUUGGAUCGCUGCCUGUGUCUGUGGAGGAGCCUCCUCCCAAGGCUGUGGGUAACAAGAGGAGGAAAAGUGGAGAGGGAAAGAAAACAGCAAAAAAGAGAAGAAAGUCACAGGGAGACACAGAGGCAGUCCUUACAGAGGUUGAUCAGGGGAACAAAUCAGUUGAGGCAAGCCCAGCCAGCAAAGUGGCAUCAUCACCUUCUACACCCAAGGGGAAGAAGGCUCAGGCUGACAGUGCUAGCAAGGAAAUGCAACAAGUGACACCAGCAGAGCCACGCACAGGAAGGGGAAAGAAAGCUGCCCAGGAAGGGUCUCCUUCAACUGUAAUGCCACCAACAACAGAACCAUUGUCUCCCAGCAAGACACGUAGGGCUCAGAAUGAUGCCUCUUCUAUCGGACAUGAGAUGCCUCAGCAGACCUCCUCACCUUCUCGCCAUAGACGACAAAUACAAGAACAAAGCACAGAUGUGUCGAAAUCUCCUCAGGUGUCCCUGUCACAGAGUCUUAAGACUCAGGGUGAUUCCUCAGUAGAAGUGGUGGAGGUGCAUCAGCCCCAUCCUUCUUUACCACCUGGCCUGGAGUGCAUCCCUGUGACCUCAUCAGGGACAGUAGCAGAGACUUCGGAGUCGGUGAUGCGCCGGCGUGCAGGCAGCAAUAUCCACCUGGACACAAGUGUGGAAUCCCUUCCGUCAGUAGCAUCUCUUCAUUCCCCAACCUCCGAGUCUUUCCACUCAGCUGAAGAUGAUCCAAUGUCGCCCCGGAAAGAGAAGAGGCACCGUGAUGGCAGCAAGAAGAAGAAGAAGGAUAAAGACAAGGAGCUGGAGGGAGGCAAGAAGAGGAAGAAGCAUCACCACAGGGACAAGCAUGGCCUUGGAGAGAUGGCCUCAGAGAUGGUCACUCCUGUCAGGAUCAAGAUCAAGCCUCUGCGUCCCAGGCCACUGGAAACCUCCCCUCCUGCCACCAUUACCACGCUCCCUUCCACUGUUGGCACUACAUUGGCCCCUGUCCCUGCUAUUCCCCCAGUGACACCCACAUCCAUUGCACCAUCCAGUGUCAGCAUAACACCUGUCAUUCCCACCAGCUACCAAACAACCACACCCCCUGCUGGCUAUCCUCCCUUGCCUCCAGGAUACACUCUCACACAGCCCAUGGCCCCCCCUUCCAAGCUGGGCACAGUGUCAUCAACUUCCUCCCUUCUUAGCAUUGCCAGCCAGGCAAGCACGAGCAUCACGAACACCUUUACUACCAGUGGAACCUCACGAGUGUCCCCAGGUGGCAGUGGCACUGGCAACCGCAGGCGUUCAGACCCAAGUGACCCGCAACAGUUUAGCAAAUGUGAUGUUUGUGGAGAGACGGGAGGAGUAACCAACACAGUUUCCUGUGAUGAAUGCCACAAAGCUUACCAUUUCAACUGCUUGGAACCGCCCCUUAAGAAGUCUCCCAAACGCCGCGGAUACUCUUGGUUCUGUGAGGACUGUGAUAAUGCGACGUAGACCUAUGGGUGCACUCCUGCCCUACACGCAAGCAUUUUCUAAUGGGUUUGGUACCUCUCCUCUCUCCUCUGCUCUUGGGAUGAAUGCAAAUGCUCUUGAAUGAGGCCCUCAAAACAAGAGUAAUUUGGUUAGAGGUUUAUUCUUUAUUCUUCUUCUUUUUCUUUUUUUUUAUGUAAGUAUCCUCAGCGCAGGAACCAAGCUUCUUUGUCUUGAUUGUAGUUUCUUCAGUUGUUCAUGAUGAAACCAACGAUGUAACUUAUUUUCUGGUUUAUACUUUUAUUAAAGUGGAAUUGUAUAUUUCUCUUUUACUAUGUAAAAUAUAAAUGGAGAGCUCAUGAAAUUUCUUGGAAUCAUGUCCUGGUUCUUUUUUUACCAGAGAAAUGUGUGUUAUUGAGAGAGUGAAUAUAUUUGAGUUAAUAGAGUGAGAGAGAGAGAGAGAAUGUGUUUGUGUUGGUGUGAAUUCACGCAUAUAAACAUGCACACGUGUGUGCGUGCGUGCGUGUGUGUGUAAAUGUUUAUAACGUAACAAAAAUAGGAGAUAUUUUAUAUCCAAUUUAAGGACAUAAAGGGUGUUUGCAAGUGGAAUUGAUAGUAUUUUUGAAGAACAUGCCUACUUAUCUGUAUAAUAGGUUGUAUUACUAAGAAUAUACAGUCUUGUGUUCAACAUUUGGAAAAAGAAAUCUCACCCCUUAUCCCAGUAGAUACUUCUAAUCUUUUGGUAAAGGUUUCUAAAUCUCAAAUAGUAAUACUAGUGUUGUGUAAAAUCAAAAUGAUUAACACGCUCUUGGCUGGGAUAUUUAUGAUGCAGUAAAAUUCUCAGUAUGGUGUUUUUUUUUAGGAGAUACUGAUAUUAAGAGGAUUGAUAUUAUUAUCAUUAUUAUAAGUGCAAAGGAGCCAAGGAAAGGCGAUGACUUAGGUAAUUAGAUAUUAUCUUCUAUUUUCUUAAUAGCAAGGAAUGUGUCAAUAUCCAAGAGAUAUUUCUAAUGCUCAAUAAAUAUUGUGAAAAAUACUAUUUAUCCGUGUCCUUUGAUGUGGAGGUUGAAAUUUCAUUUUAUUUAUAAGAUGAAAAUGUGUGUAGAAAAGUAAAGAGCAUUUUAGAAAUGUAAUUUAUGUACUUGUUUUGUUGUCAUCAUUGUCAGUAAUUUAUUGAAUUACUGUUUUAUUUUCUAUUUAUUACAAAAAUACCCAUAUGUGACAGUGUUUUCAGUGAGAUGUUUUUCAUGCCAUUUAUAAAGCAAAUGGGUCACUCAUAUAAACAAAUUUUGUACAUAGCAACUCAUUCCAUUUUCAACUUGCACCUCCACACUGUUUGUUAAAAUUGUAAACAAAGUAAUAAUUUUGUUGCCAAGAUUUAUUGUGAUCCAUAUAAAUGUACUGAUCAAUAAAACUUGGUCAGGCAAUUUAUUACUAAACAAUGGGUUAUAUAUGUGUGUGUAGGGAUGUUAUUUUCAUAGUAACAUCUAAGGCAAAUAUGGUGGUUAACUAUGAAAAUUAUGUCAUUAGUGAAUAAUGUGCAUCAGCGGAAUAAAUUUUUAAUUAUAA